AAGUAAAUUUCUGUUGUAAAUGAUAACCGUAGUGAUUCCCAAGUAAGAAAAUGGAGGAGUUGCACUCGUGUAGCUGCUGCCUGGUGCGGCCACCAGAGAAGGGACUCAAGACUGUGUAUAAACAUCUCGGCAAAACAGAAAUAUAUUACGACAUGCUGAAAGCCUGCUUCGAUAUUAAUCUCGGUAUAGGAAAUGAAGAGUGUGGUAUCUGCGAGGUGUGCGUGGGGCGGCUGCGGGACGCGAACGACUUUAAGCUGCAAGUGCAGCGCUGCCAGACUGAACUGCAUGCUCGGUUCAAGGGAGUACUCUCUACCAGUGACAAGUUCAAAAUUAAGUUGGAGAAAGCGGCUGGAGAUGAGACCAUCAAAUGUGAUAUCAAGCUGGAGAAGUCGGAGGUGGAGAUGGCUGACGGCGAGGUCGUAUCAGUGGCCAUAUACGGCGGGCCACCAGGGCCUUCAGCGAAGCCCGUUUCUACCGCGAGCAACCGCGACACUUCACCGGCGGAUACCGUCACCGAUCUCGACGACUCCAAGCCGGCUCGAGCUUCUGGCCGCAAUAAAGUGCACGAGUGCGACAUAUGCCACAAAAAGUUCGAGAAUACAAACGCUAAAACCAGACUCAUUAUCCAUCGCCGCUCCCACACUGGAGAGAAACCUUACUCGUGCAAUGUAUGCGACAAAAAAUUCGCACAAAGGAGCCACUUAAACACACAUUACGCAUAUCACAUAGGGAAGUUCAAAUUCUCCUGCGAAGUGUGUGGUACGCGAUUUAUACAAAAAAAUCAAUACGUUGUACAUAUGCGUGGGCAUACAGGUGCAAGACCGUAUUCGUGUGACUUAUGCAACAAAACUUUCAGACAAAAAGGCCACUUAACCGUUCAUAUGAGGAAACAUUUGAAAUAUGAUCCUAGUAGCGUGGAGCCGGGAGAGAUUACAUGCAAAUCAGAAUUUGCUGAUGAAACUGAUGACUUUACAUGUGAUAUAUGCAGAAAACAAUUUGCAGAGGAAAGCGCCUUAAACACUCAUAAAAAAAAUCAUUCCGGUGAUUAUCCAUUCACUUGCGAUAUUUGUGAAAGGAAGUUUAAUACGCAGUUUGCCUUGAAUAAUCAUAAAUUUGACCAUUCUGGAGGGAAACCUUUUAAGUGUGAAAAAUGCAAUAAAGGGUACACAUCGAAAGGCGCUUUAAAUCUACAUUUGAAAGUUCACACUGAGGAUUAUAAGCACGCAUGCCUUCUGUGUAGUAAACGAUUCAUAAUAAAGGAGAAUUUAAAUGUACAUAUGCGCGUACACACGGGGGAAAAGCCUUAUACCUGUGCAACUUGUGAAACUAAGUUCCGCUAUAGAUAUAGCUUGAAGAAACAUUUAUUGGAAAAACACAACCAAGUUAUGGACAAGCAGUUCUGUUGCGACAUUUGCGGGAAACGAUUUGCACUACAGGGGACAUUAAAUAAACACAUGGAAAAGCACGCUGAGCAAAAAAGGGAGGAAGAAGCCAAAAAGGAAGGGCGGACUGAAGACAGGCCAUUUAUGUGUGAAUUAUGUAGCAAACGAUUUUCAACAAAAGGUAUUUUAAGAAAUCACAGAGAGACACACUCCGAAGAAAGACCUUUCGAAUGCGAAAUAUGUCAUAAGAACUUCAGAAUGAAAAAAAGUUUGCAAGAUCACAUGAAAGUUCACGAGGACUUUAAACGACACUCGUGUGAAGUGUGCGGACAGCAAUUCAAACAUAAAUCGGCCUUAGCAGUUCAUAUCCGACGAAUGCAUUCUAAAAGUAUGCCUCACACUUGCGAUGUGUGUGAUAAAGCGUAUCCAGUUAUCGCUGAAUUAAAGAAACAUUAUCGAGUACACACUGGGGAGAGACCAUUUGCUUGUGAAAUAUGCUAUAAGAGGUUUCCACGGCAAGAUGGUGUAAGGAGGCACCUUAGAAAGGUUCACCACGAGAAACCUUCGAAAUAUAUUAAAUUAAAAGAAUUUAAUAAUCCUUACAAUAAAUAAUACUAUGUAGUGAUAU